CUUGAUCUGCACUCCAAUGUCGAUAUCACUCUCGUGACCACAGAACCUGUAGAGGACGCGCCGACAUUCGUGGUCUGCAUGAGCCUGAACUGGAGGGAAGGUAGCUCAGCAAGUAUAAAAAGAAAACGAUGCCACCGGAUUUUCCAGCAGCACAACGUAUUGCUCUGGAACCUCCUCCUUUUCCCGCCAUCUCAUUCCAUUCCAUUUCUCUCUCCUUGUGCUAGCUAGCCUGCGUUUCUUUGUUCUAUCAAUCGUCUCAAGAUGUCUGGCUGCGGAAACUCUGGUUGCUCAUGUGGCGCUGCCUGCAAGUGCGGCAGCGGCAACAGUUGCUGCGCUAAGAGGUCCAUGGAUGACUUCGAGAGUUCCGAGAUGAGAGGCUUUGAGGAAGCCAACGAAGGAUGCAAGUGCGGUGAUAAAUGCUCAUGCAAUCCUUGCAACUGCAAGUGAGAAUACAGACCAUGUACAAACUGCAGACCUCGACCGUGCGUAAGAAGGAUAGAAAUGUGACCUGAUUUCUCAGUUUGCUGUAGUGUCAUGGUCUACUGCUAUGCAUAGGACGCAAAGCGGGCCUGGCGUUGUUCAGGUGAAUAUAGUAUAUGCUUUUUUGCGUAGAAGCUCAAAAAGAUUAAUAAAUACAGAAAAUUAAGAAGAA